AUGGAUUACAUUGACCCAGUAACUACUCAAUCAAGUAACCCAACUACGGAUUCUACUGUAGUGGGUGAUAAAACUGAUGAAAAGAACCCAGUUCAACACGAUGCAGCUACUGUCAAGACAGAAGAAACAAUUGAAAAGUUGGAAUCUGAAAUUGAUAAGGCAUAUGGAUUAGUAGAAACCAAAUUUCAAGAAUUAUGGUCAAAUGCUUCUAAGAAUGUGGAAAAAAUUAAAAUUGAAGAACAGAAACAAAAGUUGAUUGAACAAUUAAAUAAUACUAGAAAAGCGUUGAAUGAUAAAACGAAUGAAUUGCAUGUUCAAGAAAGUUUAAAGAAAAUUGAAGACAAUUUAAAACAAGUUUCACUUGAUGAUUUUACCAAAUCUGCUAAUAAGGCAUUGGAUUUGUUGGAUUCCAAAUUGGAAAUUGUUGAAAAUGAAGCAAGUAAAUAUUUUGGUAAUUUCACCUCGUUUUUAUCCAGCAUUGUUUCGGUUAAUCCAGUGAAUGAGGAUGAAGGUAACGGUAAGAAAGAAGUUGUUUUUAAUUCAUCAUUGAACCAAUUUAACAACUAUGGUACUACUAGGUAUGAAACUGAUUUGUUGAAUUUACAUACUACUGAGAGUUUUUAUCUUAAUGAAGAGUUGGACGUAAAGGAUGAAAUUGAAUCAUUUAAUGCCGAUAAUAAGACUAAAGAAAUAAGCGGAUUGUUAGAAAAGUACCCAAAUACCUUGACCAAAACCAUGAACGAUUUGGUUCCACUUAAGAUUUCUUAUAAUUUAUUUUGGUACAGAUAUUUCAAGAAUGAUGAUAAAUUAAAAGAACAAGAAAAGAAGAGAAAGGAAUUAUUGGAAAAGAAAGAUACCUCAAAAACUGAUGGAAAUCAAGAAAAUGAUGACGAUGAAGAGGAAUUCACUUGGGAUGAUGAUGAAGAGGAAGAGGAAGAAGAACAAGUUGAGGAGAAACUGGUUGUCAGUAAGAAAUCUAACUCUAAGAAAGAAUCUACCAACGAUAAGAAAAAGAAACAAGGUUCUGAUGGUGAAGAAGAAGAAGAAGAAGAGGAUGAUGAUGAUGAUUGGGAAUGA